CAGCUCGAGUGUGUUUACUUCAGAACCGGAGAGUUCUGUUGACCUUCGACCGAACCGGGUCUCUGGACUUCUGUUGGACCGAACCGGGUCUCACUGGUUCCGGAGUUCUGUUGGACCGGGUCUCGGUGGUUCUGGUGUUCUGACCCUGAAGUGGACCGGGUUUGGACCGGGUUCCAGUCCGGGAGCUCCCCCUGCUGUCACCGGCACCAGCACCGGUACCGGUACCGGUACCGGUACCGCUCAGCAGGUCCGGUUCUGCCGAACCUCCUGGUUCCGGCUCAACGGUCCGGACCGGUUCCGACUGGAUUCUGGACCUGAACCGGUACCGGGACCGUCCGCGGACCGGGAAGAUGUGCGCGCAGCCUCGUCCAUGAGAGUUGGAAGGGCCCUCUCACUCUGAAGAUGCUGGAAGGCCUGGCUGCCUGGGUGCUCAACACCUACCUGGGGAAAUACGUCAGCAACCUGAACACGGACCAGCUGUCCAUCGCCUUGCUCAAGGGCGCCGUGGAGCUGGAGAACCUCCCCCUGAGGAAAGAUGCUCUCCGAGAGUUCGACCUGCCGUUUGAGGUCAAAGCAGGGUUCAUCGGGAAGAUCACCCUGCAGAUCCCGUUCUACCGGCCCCACAGCGACCCCUGGGUCAUCUCCAUGUCCCAGCUGAACCUGAUCAUCGGGCCGGCCACCCCGCAGGAGUACGACGCCGAGGCGGAGAGACGGGAGGACCGGCAGCGCAAGCAGGCCCUGCUCAAGGCCCUGGAGGACAAGUUCAAGAGCGAGUGUGAGCAGAGAGGAGAAUCCUACUGGUACUCGGCCACGGCCUCCGUCGUCACCAGGAUCGUGGAGAACAUAGAGCUCAACAUCCAGAGUGUUCAUCUCCGGUUUGAGGACGACUCUUCCAACCCGGAGAAACCCUUCUCCUUCGGCGUCUGCAUCAACAACGUCUCUGCCCAGAACCCGUGCAACGAGUCGGCCCAGAAACUGUUCCGGCAGAAGCAGCUGGAGAUCCAGGACUUCAGCGUUUACUGGGACACGGAGGGGGAGAUGCUGGGACGGCUGCCCCCCGGACACAUACAGGACGCCAUGACCCGCUGCAUGCAGAGCCGGCAGCACCAGUACAUCUUUGAGCCCGUCUGUGCGUCGGUUCUGGUCCGGAGAAACACGUCCAAGGAACCGCUGAGGUCCAGAAGUUCUCCCCGGAUCCAGGGCUCGGUCCAGCUGCAGCCGCUGGCGCUGAAGCUGUCGCAGGUCCAGUACCAGCAGAUCAUGGCCUUCCUGAAGGAGCUGGACCGCAGAGAGAGAGCCAUGAUCUACAGGAAGUGGAGGCCCAACGUCUCCGUCUGUGGGAACUGCAGGUCCUGGUGGGAGUUUGCGAUCCAGUCCAACCUGAACCAGAUCAGGGAACAGCGCUGCAGGAACAGCUGGAGCUUCGCCCUGCAGAGAGCUAGAGACGCCCAGACCUACACCAGCCUGUACUUCAGCCGGCUCAAGGGGGUGGAGCUGACCCCCCAGGAGGAGGAGGAGCUGCAGCGCGUGGAGGACCAGCAGACUCUUCAGGAGCUCCACAGUCUCAGAGAGAUCGUCCACGACUGGUUCAGGAAGCAGGAGCAGAUCGCUGAGAACCUACGGGAGCCCAGCAGCGACCCGCCCCCCUUACCUGGACCCCCCAUCCCCAAGUCCAGCUCCGGGAUGGUCCAGUACCUGCAGUCCUGGUUCCCGGGCUGGGGGGGCUGGUACGGUCCAGACCAGGACCCGGAUAGACCUGAAGACCUGCUGCCGGGUCCAGAAUCCUGGGACAUACUAGCAGACGGAGAGGAUCUGUUCGACCCCCUGCAGGACUCCCACACCCUGAACACCUUCACCCGCCGAGACCACACCUUCGCCCGGCUGGAGUUCUUCCUGGAGAGGGGGGGGGUCACGCUGUUCCACCAGGACCCCCGGGGGGGCCAGGAGAGCCUGCAGGAGAGGGGGGUCAUCCAGCUGGAGUUCUCAGGUGUGCAGGUCCGGGUGGAGUCCCUGCCCCGGUCCGAGUCGUCCCUGUUCUCGGUCCAGCUGGGCGGCCUGUUCCUCCGAGACCUGACCACGCAGGGAUCCGUGUUCCCGGUGCUGGUGUCGCCCAAAACGGACAAACUGGUGGCGGCCAUGAACCCUCCGGGGAACCAGCCGGGGAACCAGCCGGGUUCUGCUGCUGGUUCCGGCGCCGAGUCGCCGCCCCCGGUGUUCGAGAUGAUCUACGAGCGAAACCCUCUGAGGUCCAAGUCGGAGAGGCGGCUGGAGGUUCGGACCAGCCCGCUGAACAUCGUCUACAACCCUCAGGCCAUCAAGAAGGUCACCGAGUUCUUCUACAAGGGCCGAGUCCACACCUCAGGGUUCGGGUACCAGUCGGAGCUGGAGCUCCGGGUGGCCGAGGCCGCCAGGCGUCAGUACAACAAGCUGAAGAUGCAGACGAAGGCAGAGAUCCGGCAAACUAUCGACCAGCUGCUGGUGGGAGAGUUCAUAGAGAACAGCAAGCGCUGGACCAUGAAGCUGGACAUCUGCGCCCCCCAGGUGGUUUUCCCCGACGACUUCCAGUCCGGAGACCCCAUGCUGGUGGUGGUGGACCUGGGGAGGAUCCUGCUGACCAACUCCCAAGACGGUCCGGUUCCCUCCAAAGCUGCUGAGCCUGAAGCAGAAGACGUUAGCGAUGACGAGUACCAGACCCCCCUGGCCACCCCGCCGGAGUCCCCCCCCCCAGAGCCGGACCUGCCGCCCCCCAGGGCCCCGUCCAGGGGCCCGGACCCCCCCGGGCCGGGGAUGCCGCCGCCCCCCCAGGCCUACAGCAGGAAGCUGUACGAGCGGUACGGCCUGUCCUUCAGGGAGCUGCAGGUGAUGGUGGGCCGGUACUCGGACCUGCAGGUGAUGGGGGGCCGACACUCGGAGGGCUGGAAGCACCUGCAGGACCCCCAGGUGGGCCCCGCCCACGUGGUGGAGAAGUUCAACGUGCUGCUAACGCUGGAGCAGCGGCUACGCUACACCUCCGACCCCCAGCUGCCCGGAGCCCUGCUGUCGGGCACGCUGCCCGACCUCAAGGUGCACCUGAACCUGGAGAAGAUGGCGGCGCUGCGGAGCUGCCUGGCCCGGCUGAGCGGGGACGGGGCCGGGGCCCGGGACCGGAACCCCAACCCGGGGCCCGGCACCCCCCCGGACCACCCGGUCCUCCGACACGACCGCAUCUUCCGGCGCGAUGACAGCUCCUGGCGGCUGCAGAGCGUGACGGCGCUGGAGCAGAGAACCCGCGAGGUGCUGGUGGAGUCGCGCCUCCUGCUGGCCGACUUCAGCAUCACAUACAUGCAGCUGGGCGUGGAGAGCGGCGGCCGCUACAUCUCCGUGCUCAAGGUGUUUGGCACCAACGCCCGCCUGGUGAAGCGCCCGUACGACGCCGAGGUGUCUCUGACGGUGCACGGGCUGCUGCUGGUGGACACGCUGCAGACGUACGGCUCCGACUUCGACCUGCUGGUGGCGUCGCACAAGCACCUGAGCUGGGAGAGUCCGCCGCCGCCGCCGGGCCCCGGGGGGGCCGCGGAGGGGGACCAGGGGGACCAGGGACCUGGACCCGGGGCCGCGGAGGGGGACCAGGGACCUGGCCCCGGGGCCGGGCCCCCCGGGUCCCCCGGCUCCCUCCUCCGGGACCAGGAGGCCCUGAUCCGGCUGGAGUACCAGUUCGUCAGCUCCGACUGCCCGUCCAUGAGCCUGGACGCGUCGCUGCAGGUCACCAGCCUGCAGGUCAACAGCCUGGACAUCAUCCUGAACCCCGAGACCAUGGUGGAGCUGCUGCGGUUCCUGCAGAAGUCCUUCCCCCGGGAGGACGGGGGGCCCUGGACCCCCCCGGCGCCCUCCCCCCGGGGGGCCCGGGGCCCGGAGGAGAACUACCAGUCCACCUACGAGCAGAACACGGAGGUGUCGGUGGAGAUCCAGCGGCUCAACCUGCUGCUGCUGCGGACCGAGUCCAGGGCCGGGUCCGGGGCCCCCCCGGGGGCCGACAGGAGGGGCCUGAAGACCGGGGCCCCCCCGGGGGCCGAGAGGCGGGGCCUGAAGAUCGCCACGGCCAGCGUGGCCGGCACCAAGCUGACCCUGUCCCUGGGGGGCCGGCUGGACCUGAGCGGGUCCCUGGGCUCGGUGCAGCUGGUGGACCUGAGCCAGGAGGGGGGGCCGGGCCAGUUCGUGGUGAGCAUGGGGGGCCCCGGCCCCGGGGGGGCCCCCGACGGGGGGGCCGACGCGCUGAGCCUCCGCCUGUUGGAGCGCCGGCCCGGCGAGUGCAGCCUCCACCUGCAGAUGGCGUCGCUGCACUACAACCACUCGGCCCGGUUCCUGCGGGAACUCAGUCUGUCGGCCAACGAGCUGGAGGAAAACUUCCGCUGCAUGCUGAGGAACGCCGCCACCAAGGUGUCGACGGUCCUGGCCACCAAGACGGCCGAGUACAGCGAGAUGGUGUCGCUAUUCGAGACCCCGUCGUCGACACGCCGGACCCGGACCCUGAGCCAGAGCUGGGCCUGGUCCGUGGAGGACGAGGAGGAGGAGGACGAGGAGCCGCCGGAGAACCGGCUGGACAACUUCCUGGUGAAGCUGACCCUGAACAUCAGCAUCGAGUCCCCGGUGGUGUCGGUGCCGCGGAGAACCGGCCACCCGGAGCUGCUGGUGGGCCACCUGGGCAGCAUCACCAUCCAGAACUUCCUGCCGGGGCAGGACCAGGACCAGGAGGAGGGGGGGCAGCAGGGGGACCGGGAGGACCAGGGGAGGCUGCAGGUCCUGGUCAAGGACAUCCGCCUCUACUCCCUCAACACGGGGCACCUGGUCCAGAAGAGGCCCCCCAGGGGGGACCAGCCCAGGGGGGGCCAGCCGGACCAGCCGGACCCCGGGGGUACCAGGACCGGCAGCCAGGACGAGGCCCAGUUCACCCGCCAGGACUUCUUUGAAUCCCUCAGCCGCGGAGAAGCGUUCCACAUCCUGAAGGACACGACGAUGGAGUUCACGGUGGAGAAGAUCCCUGCAGACGGAGACUCUCCGCUGCCGCUGCUGGUCCCGGAUGAGCCCCUGCUGGUCCCGGACGAGCCCCUGAGGAGCUCCGGCCAGCUGAGGGUCCAGGGGAGGUUCCUGGACACGGUCCAGGUCUUCCUCUGUAAGCCGGUCUACGAGCAGGUCCUGCAGACCCUGGACAACCUGUCCCUGAUGGAGGACCAGGACCGGGACCAGGACCGGGACCAGGACCGGGCCAGCCGGGGCCCGGGCCCCCCUCCGCCGACCCCCUCGGGGGUCCGGGACUCCCAGGGGGGCCUGUUUGCCCGGGACCCCCCCAGCCUGUCGUCCCCCCUGUCGUCCCGGGCCCCCCCCAGCCUGUGGUCCCGGCGGCCCGGCCCCGGGUCCGGGUCGCCCCCCUUCUGCCGGGUGCGGGUGUCCCUGCGGGUGUCGGAGCUGCGGGUGCAGCUGAGCGGGGACCUGAGCCGGGGCUCCCAGGGCCUGGUGAGCCUGCGGUUCCAGGACCUGGAGGGCGUGUUUGUGAAGGAGCAGCCCCAGCUGCUGGGGGUCCGGCUGGCCCUCAGGGCCCUGCUGAUGGAGGACCUGCUGGAGCCCGACCCCCGCUCCAAGCACAAGCACCUGAUGGUGUCCCGGGGGGCCCCCAAGGCCUCGGCCCUGGCCCCCCCCCGGGAGUACCUGUCCCGGAGCUGCCCCCCCUCCUCCGGGGCCCUGAACCCGGACCUGGACCAGUACCAGGACCUGCUGCCCCGCUCGCUGCCCGCCCACAUGGAGGAGGCCACCAACGUGUUCCAGCGCUACCAGCGGCCCUGCAGCGGCCCUGGCAGGACCCGGAGGAUUUCAGGUCUGUGUUCUGGUCUAAACCUCCCAGGAGGGACCCCGGCCUGCCCCAUCACGCCACCCCCGUCCCCCACCCGCCGCCAGGCGUCCUCCCCGCCGCCGGGCCCUGCGGUGCCGGACUUUGACGAGUCCCUGGUCCACAUCAACGUGCUGCUGGUGGACCAGAACCACCCAGAGUUCCGGAGCCGCUACGGCGGCGUCAGCCGCAGCGUGGACGUGGACUUCAACUGCCUGGACGUGCUGAUCACGCUGCAGACCUGGGUGGUGAUCCUGGACUUCUUUAGCAUCGGCUCUACGGCCUCCAACCACGGGGUGGGGGUCCGGAGUCCCCCCCCCCCGCCGGAGACCACCGGAGCCCCCCCGGGGGAGACCGGACCCCCCCCGGGGGAACCAGGACACGUCCCCCCAUGGGAGCCUGACGAGGACGUCCUGCAGCCUGUCAACACCAAGCUGGACCUGAAGGUCCAUUCUCUGACUCUGGUCCUCAACAAGAAGCUGAAUGAACUGGCCAGAGCGAGUGUGUCCAAGCUGUCGGCCCAUCUGGAGAUGCUGGACGGAGACCUGUCUCUGCACGGCAGCCUGGGAAGUUUGUCCCUGAGCGACCUGACGCCGCACGGAGACCUUUACCGGGAACGCUUCACCACGCAGGGGGGGGAGGCGCUGGCCUUCCACGUCUUCAGGUACGGCCGGCCCGACCCGUUCCUGCGGCGGGACUGUGAUGUCCGGGUUUCCCUCCAGAUGGCGUCAGUCCAGUACGUCCACACCCAGCGGUUCCAGGCGGAGCUGGUGGCGUUCAUCCAGCACUUCACCCAGCUGCAGGACGUGCUGGGCAGGCAGAGGGCGGCCGUGGAGGGCCAGGCGGUGCGGGAGAAGCCCCAGCGGGCUGCCCGGGUCCUGCUGGAUAUCCGGGCCGGGGCCCCGGUCCUGCUGGUCCCCGAGAGUUCCUGGUCCCCCCGGGUCAUCGUGGUCAACCUGGGCCAGCUCCGGGUCCAGAACCGGUUCCUGCCGGCCGGAUCCCGGGGAACCUUCUCCCUGCAGGACAAGGUAGAGAAACUCACCAUGAGUCACGUCUUCUUCCCCUCGCUGGACCGAGUCAAGAGUUCAGCAGAGAGGAACCAGGACCAGGACCAGGACCCCCCCCGCUCCAUCGUCCCCCCAGAACCCAGGCCCCUGGUCCUGGAUCUGGGUGCUGGUCCUGAUCUGGAUGGUCACUACUCAGGGGAACCCGGGUGUCUGCUGGACGUCAUGGCCCUGGACCUGCAGGAGGUCCACGUCUUUGCAGCCGAGCGUCUGCCCUGCCGUCACCGGGACCUGGGGGGGAGACCCGAGUCCCUGGACCUGGGGGGGAGACCCGAGUCCCUGGACCUGGGGGGGCGGCCCAGACCCGAGUCCCUGGACCUGGGGGGGCGACCCAGACCCGAGUCCCGGGACUUGGUCUUCCCCUCGUACUCGGUGUGCCGGACCGGAGACGACCUGCUGAAGGACUGCUGCCGUCUGGAGCUGAAGGUGGAGCGGAACCUGACCAGGGAGCUGAGCCACGCGGCCCCCGACAUGUCGGUCCACGGCAGCCUGUCGUCGGUCCACCUGACCCUGGACCUAAAGAACUACCAGCUGAUCCGGAACCUGCUGGACCAGAACCUGGGAGAACCGGUGGAGGAGUUCCUGAGGCCCUACAGCCUGGUGGACCCCAGUAGUUACACGGUGCUGAGUGGAGACGUCUACACCACCCUGUCCUUCCUGGUGGACAUGAUGGACGUCAGCCUGGAGCUGCUCCACAACCCCGCCGGAGGAAACCCCACCCUCACCAAGGACACGCCCACCCAGGACAGGCGCUCCCUGGCCCGCUUUGACUUCAUGAAGUCCAAGCUGCUGUUCGAGGGUUUCUCCAACGGAUCCAAGUCCGUCAACCUGGUGUCCCAUUCGCUGCUGGCCAACGACACCCGCUACAGCGGCGCUCAUGCUAGCCCUCGUGCUAGUCCUGGCGGGGGGAGGUGUAACGUGUUCGACUGUAUCCUGCAACCCUCAAAGACGGGGGCCAACCGGGCCUCGCUGCAGCUGGAGCUGCACUACAGGUCCACCAGAGAGUCCUCCUCCUUCACCGUGGUCCUCAACAACCUCCGGGUCUUCCUGAUCUUCGACUGGCUGCAGCUGGUCCAGGACUUCCUGCAGAUGCCUGCAGAGAAACCAGGGGGGGCCCGGGCCGAGUCCCAGGGGAGUUCCGGCCCUGACCCGGGUCCCGGCGGGGCCGGCGGGGCCGGCGGGGCCGGGGGGGCCGUCAUGCCCAAGACGGUGAAGAGCGGGGUGGUGACCAAGAGGUCCACGGUGCUGGUGAGCCAGGACCGCUUCCUGGAGGUCAAGGUCAACGUGACAGGUACGGAGUUCGUGGUGGUGGAGGACUGGUCCUGCCUGGACACCAACGCCAUCAUCCUGAAGGGAACCACGGUUCUGACCUACAAGCCCCGCCUCCAGGACCGCCCCUUCUCCGGGAGCCUGGCGGGAAUCGAGGUGUUUUCCUGCCGGCUGGGCUCGGAGCAGGACACGGCUCUGUCCAUCAUCGACCCGGUCAACGUCCAGGUAGACCUGUGUGGAAGUCCCACCUACCCGAGCUCCUCCGGCCUGCUGGACGCCUUCAACGUGGAGGACGUGCCCCCCCUGCUGGAGAUCCAGUUUCCUGCUCUGGACAUCCGUCUGUCCUACAACGACAUCCAGCUGUUCCUGGCCAUCGCUAAGACGCUCCCUGCUGCUAGCGCUGCUAGCCCUGCUAGCGCUGCUCCCCCCCAACCCGAGACCAGCGGGCCCCCCAGAGACGAGACCAGGACCAAGACCCAGAGCCUCACAGACACCCAGAUCCACCACCUGCAGGACCUGGGAUUCAGGAAGGAGGACUGCCAGCAGGCGCUGAAGGUGUGCAGAGGUCAGCUGGAGCAGGCGGCCUCCUGGCUGCUGGAGAACGCGGAGAACAUGGCGGCGGGAACCAGGCCGGACUCCAGCAGCGGCGGCGUUAGCCACUCGGCUCCUCUCUCCGGCCUGGAGCUGAAGGCCGACAGCAUCUGCAUCUGCUUCAUCGACGACUGCCUGGACUGUGACAUCCCCCUGGCAGAGGUCACCUUCUCCAGGCUGUAUGUUCUCCAGAGGAUCGGCUCCACCCAGGAGGGGAACUCCAGCUUCAGCCUCUCCGGGGAUUAUUACAACCGGGAGCUGUCAGGUUGGGAGCCCUUCCUGGAGCCCUGGCCCUGCGUCCUGUCGUGGCAGCACCAGGCCGCCGGCCGCCUGCACCCCCCCCGGUUCAAGAUGGCCGUCAAGGCCAAGCAGAGGCUGGACGUCAACGUCACCAGCGUGCUGCUGGAACAAUACCGGACCACCAUGAGCUCCUGGAUGUCCGACUACUGCAAGGAGGACCAGAGUCCCAGUCCGUCUCCGUCUCCUUCUCCGUCGCCCCCCCUGCCCUGGAUCGGGUCCUCGGUGGACCCGCCCCCCUGUGGACCGGGACCAGGACCAGGACCAGGUCCACCCCCCCCUCACCUGAGGACCAGUAGCUCCGCCCACCUGCCCUUCCAGGACCAGCUGAUUCCUGCUAGAGACGUGAAGAUGUCCAAGAGGAGGCAGCCGUUCGUUCCCUACGCUCUACGGAACCACACCGGCUGCACCAUGUGGUUCGCUACGCUGACCACCACGCCCACCAGGGUGGCGCUGUCCCACAGCAGCAGUGCUGAUUCCAUCUCAGAAGUCCAGGGUUCUGGAACCGACGACCUUCACAACGUGAGCGUGUGGAGGGAAGUUCUGCCCGGGGAGGAGAUUCCCUUCGAGUUCGAGGCUCACGAGAAGCUGCGGCACCGACACACCCACGACCUGAAGCUGCACCAGCUGCUCGUCCGGGUCUGCGGGUGGGAGCAGGUCAAACCCGUCUCCGUGGACAAGGUGGGGGUUUUCUUCCGCUACGCCGACCCGGACCGGAACAACUCGUCCAGCACCGUGGGCAGCCCCGUCAGCAGGACCAACAUCAUCCACCCUCACGUCUACUUCUCGGCGUUGCCCCCCGUCAGGGUGGUCUUCUCCAUCACCAUGGAAGGCAGCGCCAGGAAAGUGAUCACCGUUCGUUCAGCGUUGAUGGUGAAGAACCGGCUGGACGUUCCCAUGGAGGUCCGACUGGACAGUCCCUCUGCUCCGGAUAAGCCGGUGGUGCUGCCCCCCAUCCUGCCCUCUACGGCCCUGGCGGUGCCCCUCCACCUGACCUCCUGGCGGCUGCAGGCCCGGCCCCGGGGACUGGGCUUGUUCUUCUGCAAGGUUCCGAUCCACUGGACCAGCGUGGAGCGGCCCGGCGAGAUCAGCAGCAGCAAGAGGGAGUGUCAGUCGGCCGACUUUGACGACGGCGUCAAGCAGAACUUCAGGUUCUGCGUGGUCAUCAAGAAGGAGAACUACCCGGACCAGCAGCCGGCCCGGCGACCGGUCUCGGGCGGGUCCCAGCAGAUCUACCGCCAGCCGGGCCACACCGUCUUCCUGCUGCCCACCCUGGUGCUAGCUAACCUGCUGCCCUGCGAGCUCAGCUUCUACGUCAAGGGAACCGGCGUCGCCGGGUCGCUCAGGCCCGGAAAGGAGGCCGUGCUGCACCGGGCCGACACGUCCCAGAACCUUGAGCUAGGAGUCCUCAUGGAGAGCUUCCCGGUGUGUAAGGAGCUGCUGAUUCCUCCUGGAACCCAGAACUACGUGGUCCGGAUGAGGCUGUACGACACCAACAAGCGUCUGCUGUGCCUGACGAUCCGGAUCAUCCUGAGAGCCCAGGGAGCCCUGAAGAUCCUGAUCUCUGCCCCCUACUGGCUGCUCAACAAGACCGGUCUGCCGCUGAUCUUCCGUCAGGACAACGGGAAGGUGGACGCGGCGGGUCAGUUUGAGGAGCACGAACUGGCCCGGAGUCUGAGCCCUCUGCUGUUCUGCUACACGGACAAGGAGCAGCCGGCCAUGUGCACCAUGCGGAUCGGUAAGGGGAUCCACCCAGACGGGGUUCCCGGCUGGUGUCAGGGUUUCUCCCUGGACGGAGGUCGGGGUGUCCGAGCAGUGAAGGUGAUCCAGCCCGGGAACCGGCCCGGCCUCAUCUACAACAUAGGCAUCAGCGUGAGGAAGGGUAAAGGGCAGUACCGCGACACCCACAUCGUGACCUUUGCCCCCCGCUACCUGCUGGACAACCGCUCCACGCACAAGCUAGCCUUCGCUCAGAGGGAGUUUGCCAGAGGCAAGGGCACGUCCAACCCCGAGGGCUACAUCUCCAGCCUCCCCGGCUCCAGCGUGGUUUUCCACUGGCCCCGGAACGACUACGACCAGCUGCUCUGUGUCCGGCUGAUGGACGUCCCAGAAUGCACCUGGAGCGGAGGGUUCGAGGUCAACAAGCCCAAGAGCUUCCACGUCAACAUGAGGGACACUCUGGGAAACUGCUUCUUCCUGCGGACAGAGAUCAGCCUGAAGGGGGCGACGUACCAGAUCUCCUUCACCAACACGGAGCAGCUGCCGCCGCCGCUGCGCGUCGACAACAUGACCGAGGUUCCAAUCCAGUUCUGGCAGCACGCCGUGGCUGACCUGCGUCUGCACACGGAGGUGAAAGCGGGCUCGGUUCUGGACUACGCGGUGGACGAGCCCACGCUGCCGCCGUACCUGACGCUGACGGUGAAGGGAGCCGGGUCGUCCGAGGUCACGGCCGACAUGAACUUCUUCAGGGAAUACAACAAGCUUUACUACGAGAACUUCAUCUACAUCGCAGCCGCGCACACAUUCUCCCAGACGGCCGACCGCCGGCCGGUGGGGAAGAAGCGCCUGGUCAGCAGCGCUCAGCUGGUUCUGGACGUGGAACCAAAGACACAGCGGGUCGUCCUCAGGAAGAAGGAGCCCGGUAAGCGGUCCCAGCUGUGGAGGAUGACCGGGUCCGGGAUGCUCUGCCACGAGGGCUCGUCUCCCCCCCAGAGCAAGCCGGCCCAGCCUCGUCCCCUGGAUUCGUCCCUGGUGCUGGACAUCGCGGGACUAGCGGCCGUCAGUGACAACAGCUUUGAGCCCCUGAUGCUACGUCGGCCUGACUCCAGGAGAAGCACCACCCAGACCUGGUACUUCGACUCCGGGAUGUUGACCUGCGGCCUCCCUCGGCUGGUGGUGCAGGUCCGGUCCGGUCCUGCUGGUCUCUACGACGGUUCUCCGGUGGUUCUGGGUCCAGAUUCUGGGGUUCUAGAACCCGGUCCUGAGCAUCAGUUCAUCAACCAGAAGAUGAGACCCGGUUCUGGGGUCCUUUCAGUCCAGGUCCUGCCGGACGGCCCGACCCGGGUCCUUCAGAUCAGCGACUUCAACCAGAGAAGGUCCGUCCUGAGCUCCGGAUCUCAUGAAGACGUUAAAGAGGAGGUGAAGAAAGAAGAACCGGAGCAGGAGCUGGAGGUGCUGGUGAACCUGGAGGACGGUGUGGGCGUCUCCCUGGUCAACAAGGUUCCUGAGGAGCUGGUGUUCGCUACGCUGCUGGGCGUCGACCUGCACUUCACCCGCACGGCGGCUAACGAGGUGCUGGAGCUCAGCAUCCAAAACAUCCAGGUGGAUAACCAGCUCCUGGGCUCCACCCAGCCCGUGCUGCUCUGCGUGACGCCCAGCUCGGGCGACGGCAGCGUGAACGACAGCGGCGCCGCCCUGCAGGUCAACUCGGUGAAGGUUCCCAGCAGCCUGGUGUUCACGGACCUGUUCAAGCACCUGAUGGUAACCGCCCGGCGUUUCACCGUCAUCAUCGAGGAGAAGCUGCUGCUGAAACUGCUCAGUUUUCUUGGAUACGGAGACGCAGAAGCUGAGGUGGAGAAACUGGACGACAACCUGCACGAGCGUCCGGGCGACGCGGCGGCGCCGCCGAAGCGCUACUACUUUGAGAACCUGAAGAUCAGCCUCCCCCAGGUGAAGCUGAGCGUGUUCACGUCCAGCAAGCUGCCGCCGGACCUCAAGGCUCUAAAGGGAACUCUGGGUUUCCCUCUGGUCCGGUUUGAAGACGCCGUCAUCAACAUGUAUCCGUUCACCAGAGUUCACCCGUACGAAACCCAGGAGAUCAUCGUCAACGACAUCCUGAAGCACUUCAGAGAGGAGCUCAUGAGCCAGGCAGCUCAGAUCCUGGGCUCGGUGGAUUUCCUGGGCAACCCCAUGGGGCUCCUGAAUGACGUCACGGAGGGCGUGUCCGAGCUAAUCCGCUACGGCAACGUGGGCGGCCUGAUCCGCAACGUCACGCACGGGGUUUCCAACUCCGCUGCUAAGUUUGCAGGAACACUCUCUGACGGUCUGGGGAAGACGAUGGACAACCGGCACCAGAGUGAGCGUGAAUACAUCAGGUACCACGGGGCCACCAGUGGGGAGCACCUGGUGGCCGGGAUCCACGGCCUGGCCCACGGUACGGUUUAAAAACCUCCUGAAUCAUCGGGGGGGAUGACCAGCAUCAUCACGUCCACCGUGGAGGGCGUGAAGACCGAGGGCGGCGUCAGCGGCUUCUUCUCCGGCCUGGGCAAAGGUCUGGUGGGAACGGUCACCAAACCGGUGGCCGGGGCGCUGGACUUCGCCUCGGAGACGGCCCAGACGGUCCGGGACAUGGCUAGCCUUAGCAACCACAGGUUAGCAUGUUGGGGGGUCCAGCGGGUCCGGAGGCCCCGGUGCUGUAAGGGUCCUCAGGGUCUUCUGUCCCGGUUCUCGUCCUCUCAGGCCAAGGGUCAGGAGACGCUGUUCAGCCUGACGGACGACAUCCACGCAGAGUUCUUCAUGGCCGUGGAGCCCCAGGACAGCUACUGCGUGCUGGUCUCCUCCAGGGCCGUGUACUUCCUGAAGCCGGGCGACCCGGCGGAGCGGGAGUCCAUCUUCCUGGAGGUCAAGUACGACGACCUCUACCACUGCCUGGUGUCCAAGGACCACGGGAAGGUUUACGUGCAGCUGACCAAGAAGGCCGAGAGCAGCAGCAGCGGGGUGGCCAUGCCGGGGCCCUCCCACCAGAAACCCAUGGUCCACGUGAAGAGCGAGAGUCUCGCCGUCAAGAUCUCUCAGGAAAUCAACUACGCCAAGAGUCUGUACUACGAGCAGCAGCUGAUGCUGCCGGCGAGCCACGAGGAGGACAGUCUGCUGCUGGAGUCCUGACCGGUUUAGACUGGUUUAGACUGGUUAUACUGGUCCCAGUUAGACCAGUCUAACCCUAACCCCCCCAGCCAGGAGGAGGACAGUCUGCUGCUGGAGUCCUGACCGGUUUAGACCGGUUAUACUGGUCCCAGUUAGACCAGUCUAACCCUAACCCCCAGCCAGGAGGAGGACAGUCUGCUGCUGGAGUCCUGACCGGUUUAGACCGGUUAUACUGGUCCCAGUUAGACCAGUCUAACCCUAACCCCCCCAGCCAGGAGGAGGACAGUCUGCUGCUGGAGUCCUGACCGGUUUAGACCGGUUAUACUGGUCCCAGUUAGACCAGUCUAACCCUAACCCCCAGCCACGAGGAGGACAGUCUGCUGCUGGAGUCCUGACCGGUCUAGACCAGUGUAAACCUGUACAGACCAGUCUAGACCAGUACACAGACCAGAGUUAAAUCAGAGUAAACAUGUAAAUACUGUUGAUGACGACCAUCAUGACGCCUUUACAGAUCUAUUUUGUGUAUAAGAGACUAUUAGAGAAUUAAUUGCACUGAAUGAUGGGGAGGGGGGGAUUUGGGGGGUCCUGCAGGACCUGCAGGACCCCCCUGCAGGUCCUGCAGGGGGGUCCUGGUCCAGGUCCUGGUCCUGCAGCCCCCCCAACACACAAACACACUAUCUGCCUUUUCCAGUCUAACUCUGUGAUGUUUGUUCAUCUGUUUUCUAGCCCCCCCCCCCUUUACUGACACACUGAAUAUAAUAAAGAACCAGACUGGAGACAAAA